AGGAGGAAAAAAGACAUGAACUGUGACUUUGACUCUUUGGUGAGAGUGAAAAGUAAAGUACAUUUACACUUGAAGCACAUAGAUUGGGCAAACCAAAACCUCACGGAUUCUUUCUUACAUAUCCACCGUCCUUCACUUUCACUCUCUGCAACUUGCACACCUUCUUCUUCUUCUUCUUCUUUUUCAGAUUCUUGUCUGAGAAACUUCCUUCAUUUUCAUCUCAAGAUGCCGAUCAACAGAGACCCAUCAACACCUCCUCCUGUCAUCGGCAAAAUCGGGCCUUACACUGUCUUCAUGACUCCUCCCGCGACUCCAAAACCACCUGAAUCUCCCGCCACCGUGUCUCAAAAACCCAUCGCUCAACCGCCGGUUCUUCCUCCUCCGCAGCAGUUUAAAUCGGUGGCUUCCUCUGAACAGGACGACUCAGUUUUAGGGUUCUUCAGAAACGCCGUCACAAAGGUUCAAAAUGCACAUUCAAGUGUGGAUGAUCAUUUGGUGAGAUGGUUUGGGUUAAACCAAUCUAAGUACCAGUGGGCUUUGGACGAGUACUAUGAAGGCAAAGGAUCUGAAAUGAAGAGUGUGGAAGCUAAGGAGAUGCCCGGGAAAGUACAAAGCGUAUAAGCAACAAUGUAUAUCAUCCCCACUUCUUGUCCCCUUGGCUAGUUUCCGAAACCUGUUUAUCUGAGAGAAUUAAACAAAAAAGAAGCGCGUAUCUUGACGAAAGUUUUCUUCAGAUGGUAGAUCUGUUUUGAUAUAUUUGAGAGCUCUUGGUAGUUUUUUCAUAUAUUAGUGGUGAAAUCUCCUAAGGAAAAUGGAGUUGCAUUGAUCAUCUGGUUUGUUGUAAGUUUAGUCACAUUGGUUAUUGUUUACCCUAUCCAUUAUAAUUAUAAUCUAUAUGUUGUCUUAA